AAAGAAGUAAAAAGCUUGUUCAUCCUAAUUUAUGAUUGAAGUCACAAAAAAAAAUUACUAUUAUCAACAAAUACCUUAAAGCCACGUAAGGUAUACAAAUCAAUAACCGGUAACGAAACUUAUUGGAGUAUCGUAUAUAGCAAAUAGCAAUAAAUAAUAAUAAGCAGUUUGUGAUUAUUCAAGUAAAUAUUAUCCGUAAUCAGUGCGAUAACAAGCGGAUUUUGAUUAGAACAAUUAUGAGACACUUUGUAUAGUUAUAAAUUAUUUUUUGUCAAAUGCGGUUUUGCAGUGUACUAUUACUACCGAUAUUUCUAAAAGCUGUAGAAUCUUCAAUCAUGGAUUCAAAGACGCUAUCUUCCUCCAUCGCUAAAUUUUCGGCAAAGUUCUGUAAUGAACUAAACAAGUCAACUAGUGUGGUUGCAUCUCCAUUAUCAGCUGAAUACAUUCUUGCUCUUGUGGCUUUAGGAUGUGAAGGUCCAGCACAUGAAGAGAUAUUGCAAUCCCUUGGAUUCCCUGAAGACAAUGCUAUUCGCUCAUCUUUCUCUAGCAUGUCAUCUCAACUGAAAUCGAUUAAAGGUAUUACCUUGAAUGUGGCUAACAGAGUGUAUAUACAAGAUGGGGGCUACAAGCUAAACAGUGCCCUUGAGAGUGAUGCUGUUAAAGUGUUUGAUGCUGGCCUUAAAACAAUUAACUUUGGAAGUGGAGGAGCUGCUGAAGAAAUCAACAAGUGGGUGGAGAGCAAGACCAACCAACGCAUUAAGGAUUUAUUAACGUCUGACAGCGUUAAUAGCGACACUCGCCUUGUCUUGGUGAAUGCAUUGUACUUUAAGGGAACCUGGCUGAAACCAUUCCAUAAGAUGUUGACUUAUGACCGUCCAUUCUACCUUGAUGAGAGUACCACAGUGGACAUUCCGAUGAUGAAUGCCAAAGAAGACUUCUUUUAUGGUGAAAGCAAGGAUCUUGGAGUUCAGUACCUAAAAAUGCAAUAUGAGGGUGAAGAAGCCAGUAUGCUGGUCGUCCUACCAGAAAAGGUCGACGGAUUGAAUGAUGUUAUUAAGAAGCUGGCUGAUGGUUAUGACCUGUUGGCCGAUGUGGAGACUUUGGAGGAGACCAAAGUGGAUGUCACGAUCCCCAAGUUCAAAAUUGAGACCGAGAUUGACCUCAUGGAAGUUCUUCCUAAGCUCGGAAUCAAAACUAUAUUCGAUCCUGCAAACUCCGGACUUACCAGGAUGUUAGAUAGUGAUGAGAAGUUAUUUGUCUCUAAGGGGGUGCAAAAAGCAUUCAUUGAAGUCAACGAAGAAGGAGCGGAAGCUGCCGCUGCCUCUGGCAUGGUGAUGAUGAUGCGGUGUAUGCCUCCGCCAGUACCCAUAUUCCAAGCUGACCGACCUUUCCUCUACACCAUCUUGGACAAACAACACACAACAUACUUCGUUGGUGCCUUUCGCGCUCAUUAAGACAAUUCUAUGUUAAACGCAAACUUGUAAAACUUUCAACCGCCUUAUCUCGACUUUUAUAUUAAUCUUUAUUAUAGAACGUUGUCUAAAGUACUGUGAGAGUUACCUAGUGAUGUUAUCACAUUAGUGGCCUAAAUUGAUUUGUAUAAUGGUAAAAUAAUAUUAAGUUUAGCCUCACUAAAGCAUUAUGUAAGAUCGAACUAAACAUAAAUAUUACUCGUAUACAUUAAUAUAUAUGUGUUAUUGUAUCGUGCACUUUUUAUCGCUUAAACAGAAAUAAGAAACUUUAUAAAACCCGUAUAUAUAUACUAUGUAUAUUUUAGAAUUAUAUUUGUAACCAAUAAAUUCCAAAAACAACUGUACCAAUGGACCAAAAAACAAAUGGAUUUCAAUGAACGAAUUUUAUUGAAAUACUAUUUUGGCCGCUUUGAGUGAGUCAAUGUUACUAUUGACUCAGUCCUUCCCUGUCCUUUAAGAAAAAAAAAAUACGUUUAAAUAGUAAAUAUUGGUUUGACCUUUGGAAUAGUGAAGUUUUCUGCUAUAAAUCCAUUGCCGAAAUCGACUGCAAACUUCAUUACUGUUAUUAAUAUACCACGCCUUCCCUGCAACCUCCCAGUAAAAGUAAAUUGUCCAUUAUCGAUAAUAUGACAAUAAAGCGUAUUUAUGAUUGUCUUUUACGAAAGAGUACGACAUAGUGUGGGUGAUAAUAAUUUCUAAGUGGUUCCUGAAAAAAGAUGUCUUGAUUCCAUUCAAAUUUAAAGUAAACCAUUCCUUUUUAACAAAAUUAUAUAUUAAUUAAAUGUACCAUGAUUCUUAAAUUACACAAAUUGUAAAACUUUAUACAAAUGUAUUAAUGUACUAUAAAAUAUAAUUGUGAAUUAAUUGUUAAUUAUUAGACUUAAGAUAAUUGUUUUUUUUUAAUAGUUUUAUUGUAUUUGUUUUAAAUUCAUUGUGACUGUGUAGUAUUUUCCAUAGCUGGCUGGUAUGGUAAUAACAAAAUUAUGCGUUGAAUUAAUUUAUGUUCAUCUAUAUCAUAUAUACAAUGAAUACAAAAAAAUCUUAAAUAUUAAAUGUCUCAUAAUUGUUUUUAAUGAUUUCCGCUUAGCUUUGUUUGUGAUAUCGAAGCUUUUGAUUUUUUUGUGUUAUAUACACAUUUUUUUUAAAUCGGUGAUGGAUUUACUUUACAGCGAUGGGUGUGAUGAUGUGUAGUGCUAUGAUCGAGCCACCGACGCCAGAGUUUACAGCGGACCGUCCAUUCUUGGCUGUAAUUCUUGUCGGUAAUGAAGUCUACUUCGAAGCUAUUUACCGUGGAAAACAAUAAUUCUUAACGCACGCACAAACAAUUUGUUAAUGUAUUUGUAAUUGUUGAUAGGUUUCUUAAAACGUCAAUUAGUAAGCACAAUGUUUUCACGUGAGUUUUUAUGUAUAUCGUAUUAAAAAUCUGCAUGUAUGUAAUUAAAAUUAAGCUCUGUUGUUUGCUAACGUUCGUUUAUGUCAAAUAUUGGAAAUCAGCGCCUCUGGUAACGCGUAGAACAAAAAUGCGUCACACAAAUAUAUGAAAGUAAGCGUUUAAUAAGUCACCCUGUUUUAACACUAAGAAACUUGGCAACAGUACAGUAAUAUAAAGUUCCUAUAACUCUCUGAAUUUUGAUAAAUAUAUUGCGUUUCUAUGAGCCUCUACCAUGUCAAACAUGGGAAGGAUUGUAACGGUACAAAGUGCACUUACAAUAAGUAUUAUUUUUACACUCUUGAAGUAAAUGUAUAUUUAUUUUUAAUAUAUUUUAAUCAUUUA